AUGGGUAAUGGUGUGAGAGAAGGUCGAGUGGAUUUCAGACAGGAUGUGGAGCCAGUCCCAGCAGCUCGUCUUCCAUCAGAGGAUAACCAGGAGAAGAAGAAAGUGCUCAACUCGCUGAUGUCUGGUGCACUGGCUGGUGCUGUGGCUAAAACUGCAGUGGCUCCACUGGAUAGGACGAAAAUCAUGUUCCAAGUGUCUUCAAAGAGAUUCUCUGCCAAGGAAGCUUACAGGCUGAUCUAUCACACCUACCUCAACGAAGGCUUCUGGAGCCUGUGGCGAGGGAACUCGGCCACCAUGGUCCGCGUCAUCCCCUACGCCGCCAUCCAGUUCUGUGCACACGAGGAGUACAAGCAGCUCCUGGGCAGCUACUACGGCUUCCAGGGAAAAGCGCUGACUCCCUUCCCUCGGUUCAUUGCUGGCUCUCUGGCAGGCACCACAGCUGCCAUGCUAACCUACCCCCUGGAUAUGGUCCGUGCCCGAAUGGCUGUCACGCCGAAGGAGAUGUACAGCAGCAUUGUCCAUGUCUUCAUCCGGAUAUCCCGGGAGGAAGGAUUGAAGACCUUGUACAGGGGAUUUACACCAACCAUCCUUGGAGUGAUUCCAUAUGCUGGGCUUAGCUUCUUCACCUAUGAGACACUGAAGAAAGUGCAUUCAGACCACAGUGGGAAGUCUCAGCCAUCCCCCCCGGAGCGGCUGCUGUUCGGGGCCUGCGCUGGGCUGAUCGGUCAGUCGGCCUCAUACCCCCUGGACGUGGUUCGGCGCCGCAUGCAGACAGCAGGAGUCAUGGGCCACACCUACAGCUCCAUCCUCCUCACCAUGCAGGAGAUCAUCAGGGAAGAGGGACUGAUCCGUGGCUUGUACAAAGGACUCAGCAUGAACUGGGUCAAAGGUCCCAUCGCAGUGGGAAUAAGCUUCACAACCUUUGACCUGACGCAGAUCCUUCUCCGUAAAUUACAGCACAGCACUAGUGUGGAGAGGUAGUAGCUUAAUCCCCACAGCCCUUGGCAGGGAAGAGUACAAACCGUGUAGAAAGAGCAAUGCUAGUGUUCCCUCACCUCAUGCGUGCUCU